CCAAAGUUGCAUUCCAAUCGCACACUUACAUUAUCGACAAUUUGAGCAAUCUGUUCAAGGAUUUCAAGAACCCUUGCAAGCCAGCCGAGCUGCACACUAAGACAUGUCGAGCCAGUAUUCUGAGUCCCGGCCGCUUCAUGGCAGUGCCGCACAAACACCUCUUUAUGAGAAGAUGCGGGAUUAUGCGCAUUCAAACAAGGUCCAAGAGUUGCUCCAGAAGAUGACCGCGGACCUGUUCAUCGAGCGGCCAGCCGAUCCUGUAACAUGGAUGAUUAAGUGGCUCUCCGAGGAGCAGAAGCGUAGCGGGACAGCGUAAUCGGCGGGCCAGACCCUCGCCAUGUGGGGAUGGCGGGUUCAGGGCCAGUACAGCGGCUGAGUUUGCAAGUGUAUAGUAGGCGGCAGUGGGUAGAAGUACAUGUGAGGGGGAGGGGUGCACCCAGCGUGUGGGAACUAACCCCAGGGGUAGAGAACGCGUGUACAGUAUGUGCGUGCCUCGCACACGGCAAGGGCGCUGACCCUUGAAGUGUCAUUGUGGCAUACAGCGCGGAGCGGUCACGUAAAAGAAACCAUUAGCUGAAUGUUUAUAUUGCAGGCAGGGGCGCUCUGUAGGUGUUGGUGUUUCAACAUGGGUUACGCAAGGAAUCGGACGGUUCGGUGGCGCCAGGGGAGGCCAAGAUGCUGGGCCGCGCGCAGGCGUGUGCGCAGGGCCGCCGGCAAUGCCUAAGCAGGGCAUUAGAGCUACAUGCCUGACCUACAGGCUCUUUAAUGUAACAGUACGCGACC